GCAGAGAAAUUCCAUGAGCUAAUGCUUCAGAAGGAUUAUGAACUUACGAGCGACUCUUGACAAUGGCAUAUUCAGUAAUUCGAGAAUGCAACAUGAUGCUUUCGCUUAAAAGAAUACUAAACUUUCACACUUCCAAGAUUGCUAUUUUAACAUGGAUGGAGUCCAAUGGUUGUUUCCAAUUAUCACCAUCAGAUCAUGGUGCCAAACUUGACCUAUUAACAAAAGUCUACACCAUAGCUGAAGCUGAGACCUACUUUCAGCAAUUAUCCAGCAGUGCUUCAAAGAGGGCUGCAGCUUUUCCUCUUCUCCAUUAUUAUGUAAAGGCAAAAGACUUGCAAAAAUCAGAAGCCCUGAUGUAUAUGCUGCAGAACUCUGGGUUGGUUGUGGAUCCUCACCCUUUUAAUGAGAUGAUGAAGCUGUACAUGGCCACAGGCCAGAUUCAAUCCGUAAUUAAAGUAAUUCAGUAUAUGAAACGGUCUAAAAUCCCUCUUAAUGUACUUUCAUAUAACCUUUGGAUGAAUGCAUGUGGUAUGUUAUAUGGCAUCAUGUCAGCAGAGAGGAUGCUUAUGGAGAUGACAAAUGACAAGAAUGUUGAGGUUGGUUGGAGCACCUACUGUACUUUGGCAAAUAUAUACACAAAUGCUGGAAAUCACAAGAAGGCACAUGAUGCCCUUGCUCUUGCUGAAGAGAAGCUUUCUACGAGGAAGCGCCUCGGUUAUUAUUUUAUCAUGACAAUUUAUGCUUCUCUGAAUAACAAGGAUGGGAUCCUGAGGAUGUGGCAGACCAGUGAAAAGGUGCCCGGUAGAAUAACUUGCACAGACUACAUGACUGUUAUUCAUUGCUUGGUGAAAGUCGGCGACAUAAAAGCAGCAGAAAAAAUGUUUCAAACUUGGGAAUCACAGUGCAGAAACUAUGAUAUAAGGGUUUCCAAUGUUCUUCUAGGAGCUUACAUGAGGAAUGGAUGGAUGGACAAAGCCGAGUCAUUGCAUCUUCAUACAUUGGAGAAAGGCGGUCGCCCAAAUUACAAGACAUGGGAGAUUCUCAUGGAGGGUUGGGUCAAAACCAAGCAGAUGGAUCGAGCUGUGGAGGCUAUGAAAAAAGGUUUUUCUUUGUUGAAAGGUUGUCAAUGGAGGCCUCCAGUAGCCAUCGUGAUGUCCAUUGCUGAGUAUUUUGAGGAAAAUGGCAAUGUUGAUGAGUCAAAGUGGCUCUUUAAGGUUCUUCGAGGUUUGGGCCUUACAACUUUGCCCUUGUAUAAGUUGUUUCUGAGAACCCAUAUAAGAGCUGGUCAGGUUGUCCCAGAUAUUCUUAGAAUGAUGGGACAAGAUCAGAUAGACUUGGAUGAGGAGAUCCUCUCAUUUAUUGACCGUAUGAGCAGUGUCAAAACUGUCAACGAUGAUUGUAUCUAACAGAAGCAAUAAUUUACUUGAAUCUCCUGAUAGUUGAAGCGAAUCUCCUCAUAGUUGAAGCCCUGUUCAUUGUCGUCAUCAUCACCAAGUCGCAUCCUAUUUGGCACAACUAUUUGGAAUUAGGUACAAGAAUCUUCUUCCUCCAUUGAGUUGUAUGCAGCUGGAAUCUUGUUGGCAAAGAGGGGGAAAAAAAAUGCAAUUAUAGAGGAAACAGAUGAGGCAUCUUGAUAUCGAUUAUAUUUAACAGAAGUGAUGAAUUAGAGUGUCAGAUGAAAUAUCAACUUUUAAAUGUUAGAUUUGAAGGAUUUCUCCAUUGCCAUUAACUUUAGAAAGUUGGGAUAUGGUGACUGAUAAUCCAAGUCAGCAGACUGAGGACUUUAAGCAUAAUUUAUUUAAGAAUGUUUUGCACUUUCAACCAAAAUCUUCGGUUGUCCAUACGACUAUUGGUUUUAUCUAAGAUAUUUCGACAAACAUAUGUUCUCCAGACAACAAUAGUUAGAACUCAAAGAUGGCUCAAACCUUCUCAUUUGAAAACAUAGACUGACUACAAACAGGUCUUGUUGAUGUACUGUAUAAUAUAUAAUGAAGUUUCAUAAA